AUGUGGAUGUNCGAGAAACUAGAUUCUUCUAUUCUGGCUUUCUGGUCGAAGACUCCGGUAGACUUUGAUGCUAAACGUAUCAGACUGCAAUCAAAUAGUUAUACCACCAACACCCUUCUGGACACUGUGACAGCUGCAAUGUUUCAGGCCAAGGAGAUUGGGGGAAGUAGCAGGCCUCCUGCCUCUGGAAAACUGGUUGAACAAUCUGCUGAGAAGAAAAAAGGAUUGGGUGAUUGGAUGAACAUUAUAAAGCCUGUAAACGAGGAGAAAGAUCAUUGGGUCCCUGAUGAAGCUGUAUCUAAGUGCACAUCAUGUGGGUCAGAUUUCGGUGCAUUUAUACGAAGGCACCACUGCAGAAACUGUGGUGACGUCUUCUGUGACAAGUGUACUCAAGGCAGGAUUGCUCUCACUGCUGAGGAGAAUGCUCCCCAAGUCCGUGUUUGUGACCGGUGCAUGCUUUAUCAUGGCGAACCUUGGUCAUUUGUUCUGGUUAAAAGAGAAUCUGUAUUGGCAGAAGUGUCACAAAGGUUGAGUAAUGCCAAGGAAUCCGCUAGCAGGAACGCGAACGCGCAGAGCCAUGAAGACCUCGCUAGGAAGUUACAGGAGGAAAUGGAGAGAAACCGCAAGUCUUCAUCUGGAAUGAUCAUAACAGGUUCGAGGGAAGGAUCCGGAAGGCGGAUGAAAGAAGUAGCUUGUCCAACAUGCACAGUGCACUUACAGGUCCAGGUUCCAAUCUCAGGAUCAGAGACCAUCGAGUGCGGAGUUUGCCAAAACCCUUUCCUCGUUAGCGCGCAUUGA